GAUCGUAGCUGUUUAUUAAGAUACUAAGCAGUAAGCAGGCAUCAGUAGCCCUUCGGUAGCAUUGGGCUUCGGAUGAGAGCGUCACGGUGAUAGAGUGAAUUUAAAAAAUGGCCCCGUCGUGCUUCGAAGUUAUUCUGGUUGCCUUCAUUCUGGUGCUACCGUUUCUUUACGAGACAAGCCGCACCUUUCGAUACUACUUCAAGUUUCUUAUGUAUUACGGUAUCGUUAUGGCCAACGCGAUGCUCAUCAUUCCCAUUAUGAUAUUCCGGCCCGGGAACGUCAAAAAUCUUGUAUUGGCUUCCUCAAUCUGUCAUCAUGUCAGUACAUUACUUGGAUUGCGUUGGGAAAUCAGAGGUCGAGAGCAUUUGGAGAAAGAACGAGCAUGCAUUAUUGUGGCAAAUCACCAGAGUUCAUUAGACGUAUUGGGGAUGUUUGAUCUAUGGCCAGUAAUGGACAAAUGUACAGUAGUAGCCAAAAAGGAAAUAUUUUAUGCUUGGCCAUUUGGUCUUGCUGCUUGGCUCUGUGGAUUAAUAUUUAUUGAUAGAAUGAAUUCAGAGAAGGCACGAUCAGUUCUUAACACAGCUACAAAACAUAUUAAAGAUAAGAAGAUUAAACUGUGGGUGUUUCCGGAGGGCACUAGGCACAACACUGGAGAAAUACAUCCAUUUAAAAAAGGAGCUUUUCAUGUUGCUAUUAGUUCCCAGCUACCCAUCUUACCUGUAGUCUUCUCUUCCUACUACUUCUUAUCAACUGAAGAAAAACGACUAGACGCUGGACGUAUUGUCAUAACGACGUUACCGCCUAUACCGACAGAAGGGUUAGGUAAGGAUGACAUAGAAGCCCUCAUGGACAAGACCAGGAAGGCAAUGUCUGAUGUAUUUCAUGCGACGAGUCGCGAGGUCCAGCUAUCAUUGGCAACAUCCAAGCAACACGUACAAUAAAGGAUUCUUGUUGGAUUUUCUACCAGCAGCUCAUUCCUCGGAAAACAGACUUAAUCAUUCGAUAAGACGCCGUAUGAAGUCUUCGCCAAGGAACCAAAGACUUGUGUGUAUAUUUUUAUUUUUUAACAUUUAUUUAAGCAUAUAGCUCUCAGGAUUUUCAUUUGCAAUUUAUGGACAAAGAUUUCUUCUUUAUUGUGUGGCCCGUCAGUCCUUUUUAAUAUCCCAAGCAGGAAUCAACACAUCACGACUAUGGAAUGUACAAUCGUAAUACAUUUCUACUAUAAAAUUCCUUACUUGCAUUCAUAUGGAAACGCGAUGGAUUUUGAGUAAGUUUUCAGGUUCCUCCUUAAAGUAACCCUAUAUUAUGACAUCAUACAAAGGAAUCCAAUGAAUAAUGUGAAGAAUUAUUUUUUUUCUUCUGACGCAAGUAAAACCUGCGACUGUUCUAUUAUUAUCAGUAGUAGGUAUCCAAAGGCUCUAUUAUAUUUGGAAUGAAUAAAUUUUAUAUUGGGAUCCAUUCCUUGGAUAAGAUAGUUUAGCAAGGUCAUAUGAGCUUUAUUAGAUAAGUAUAAAAGAGAAAUAAUAGAAGGGAGAUAUAAUAUUUUACUCGCUCGCAUUAUGCGCACAAGCGUGCGAUUUACGCCUCGCGUUUCAUUUACGUAUAUCUGACGUUUAUGUUACAUUUACCAUAAGAAAUACUAACGAUUAGCUAAUUUUUCUAAUACAAGUUUAACGUGCGCUUAGAUUAUUUACGGUUACUCCAUUUAUAAUGAAUAAGGCCUCCGUGUACUAUUGAGUAACAAUACAUCACAGCGAUGAAUAAGUCUUAAAUAAGGGUAUUUGAAACAAAAAUAUGGAAAGAAAAAGUAUUGUAAAAUUAGAUACCAAUAUACAUAUAUAGUCUAUUUCUAUUUGUUUAGUUACCAUAGAAGACAAGUCAAUAUUUAUUGGGACGUUUCAAGGAAGCAGAUACUCUUAUUGAGUAAGAAAUUUAUUACACGACACGAAUAUUAAAAUUUUAUUUGAAAAAGAACCAAAGAUUGAUUUUACAAUCAAAAUGCUGCUAUGUGCAUGUGUCCAUACUAAAGCGAGUUAGAAUUAACUUUGAAAAACAACUGUAGCAAGCAAAAUUUAUUAGGCAUAGCUUGCUAUGACAAAACGACACAACUUGAAGUGUUCCAAAGAGAGAAAAAAGGUUGCCACAAUAUUUAGAACAAUCUCUCUAAAAUUCUGAUAUUUUAAAUUCAGAUUUUUUAUUGAACUUACUUUGUUUUUAUUCUAAUCGAUAACAAGACUUAUAGUACUUCCUGUUCUUGCCUUUAUGCUACUAAUAUUACACUCUCUGUUUAGAUUUUCCAGUCUUUUUACAAGUAUUAACUCAUAAUGGAUUGUGGAGGUUUCUGUAAUACAUAUAGAUACAAUAUUGACAUUCCACAUAUUUUCUUGAAUUUCAUUCUUAUGUUACAGAAUACAUACUACAAUUAUAUUAAUAGUUGUUACUUUCUUUUCAAUUGUUUGUGUAGAGUUUGAAGUGAAGACGCGCCAGUGCCAAGGCUAGUUUAUACGAAAUAUUUGCUUUACGUAUUUUAUCCGUGAAUUAAAUUUUCAAUUCGAUUUUGGAAUUUUUAAUUGGGAUAAACGUAUCAUUUUCCUACACUUGCCAUAAACUGCACAUCUACCCACUAUUAUGUUCACUAUUAUUAAUUCACGGAUCUCAAGACGUAUCUGUUUAUUAAACACGACUGCAUGAAGCAUGUGGGAGUAUUUUAUGCAAUUGCCAUCCCAACAAGGCAUAUAGAUAUGUGCGUUAUUAAUAUUUUGGGGGGAACCGUCUAAUUGAUUGAAAAUUCCGGGAAAAAAAAUAAGAAAAUGAAAUACCGAAUCCGUGAAAUUAAAUUUUUUAUGAAGGCAAAUGCAUAAUUAUGCGGCGAUAAUGCCUCAAUGGAAAUCUGUUUGUGUCUACAUUUAAUUUAGAAAUAAGUUUACUGUGCUUCUACAAUCGAUAAGAUUACUAAGAGGAAAUUAGAUAUUCAAUAUGCGAACUUUGAAGUAAUCGACAAAUUAAUAAUCGAUCCAAAGAAUUGUCUGAUCAGGCUGUGUGCGGCGCAUGAAUUAAGUGGAACACAUUGUUAGAACAAAGUCCGAUUGGUAUAUACGAACUAUGUGGCCAUGCGGAAACAUCUGUUUUAUCGUGAAAAUGUGGAAAAUUGUAAAAUGUGGAACAGGAUUGAGAAAAAAGCUCUCUGGUUUACGAUAUGAAAAUAUUUUUCAUUUUUAUCGUUCGCGGCGAGACUGUAUCUACGUUCGUUGUUUCGCAUCGCUUGGAAGUGUUUUAUAAACUGCAAAACUUAUUAUGUAUUAUUAGUUAUUAAACAUUGUACAUCAAA